AUGAAUGGAAACACGAUUUGUCAUGUGAAUAUCAACCCCCUGUGUCUCAAAACCGAAGCGAGAGAAAUAUCGCAAGUAACUGCCCCCUCAGAAAUGUCGCAAUUAUUUCAUGUCAGUGUGGCAGCGUGUGUUUGCAAGAUAUCUUGGAUGAGAAAAAGGGACUUACACAUCCUCACAUCAAGCAUACAUACGUACACAGGCGAUGCUCGAUUCAGCGUGCGCCAUCCCGAACAUUCGGACGACUGGGACUUGCGCAUCGAGUACGUCCAGAAGAGGGAUGCUGGCGUUUACGAGUGCCAGGUGAACACUGAGCCAAAGAUCAACCUGGCGAUAAUGCUGGAAGUCGAUGGAUCGGUGGAUUUUGAGAAAUGGGCAAUCGAAGAUCUUCUGACAGAACAGGUUUCAUUAAUUCCUGGCGGAAUCAACACAGCUGAAGUAUCCUCAUGUUCAUCAAGACUUGUCCUAUUUGGAUAA